CGGCAAGCUGACGUGGCUCCUGGAUGCGGCGUCCGCCGGGGCCCUGAACACGGAGCGGUGGACGGAGGCUAAGGCGUUCCCCCGCAGCUCGUUCUAAGCUGAGAAUGUGAUUAGACGUUGCUGAUGUAUGCUUUCCAGGCGGCAGAGGAUGCUAGGAGGUGGGGGCGUAUAUCUUUAGUUUCGGGAACACUUAUACAGAUGGCACAGCCAGCGACUGGCUGCAGGCGUUAGUAUGGCCGGGAUGAUUGUAGGGGAUGGCUUGAUGCGUUUCCUUGGAGCCUAAAUGCAAUAAUGGCUGCAGGCUGUGUGGUGUAGGUUUGGGUCUGCGGCUGUGACACAGGACUGCGUGCUUUCAUGUGUCCCUGGACAUGGUUUUGUGGUUUGUGCAUGCUGGGCGGCCAAUGGUUUUAUGGUGGUUUGUGGUAUCGGGCAUGUUGCUCUGUUGCGUCGGAGCAUUUCGGGACAUUGUGUUUCCCCUGUUGAUGUCACAGGGCACCGCUACUGCACGGGUGCCCUUUGGGCUAGGAGAAGAAUGUUUCUCUGGAGUUUGUACUAAGACCUUUGUACGCCAUCUCGAAUGAUGGAAUGCGUCUCAACGCUAAAUGCAAGCAGGGGUUUACCUGCCCGGUUUCCUGUGCUGGGUGUGGUGGUAGUUAAGUGGUUGGAACGACUUGGCGAGGUGGCGGGUUAGCCAUUAGCUUGGCGCUGCAUUCUCGGACUGAAUGUCAUAUUGAUUGCUUGCUUGUAAUCAAUAAGCAUGAACAUUUGUUCAAGGAAGUAGUUUAUUGACACAACCCUCUCUCUUGGUGAACCGUGAGCGGCAUGGACCGAGUCGCGCUUAGGCUAAGAAUCCUUGCAACUUCUUUAGAGAAACAGGGACUGUCCCUCACCGACAGCAUAGGUGAAAUGCUUGCAAGGGGCGGAAUGGUGCAGCUGACGCCCUCUCGCGGCAUCCAUGUUUGUCGCCCCGUGCCGAAUGCUCUCGCAAGCCGGCACAGUCACGUCAGGAUCGCUAGCCGUUUGCUGUGCUCAUCCACAACAACGACCGCGUCAGCGUCAGUUCCAGGCAGCGCUGCUCCGGCGGCUGGUAUCGCGUCAAUUGCAGAGAAACAGCCAGCUACUCCGUUGGGCACUGUUGCAAACAAUUUCUCUUCACAAACGGUUAACAUCGAUAACAAAAAGAAGAGCAAUGAAAAGGUCUCGGCUGUCCCAACUUCCGAUCCCCAAGUGAAAGCCUCGACGCUUGACCUUUGGUAUGACUUCCUACGGGUCAUCCAUGCAAGCGGCGACUUUGAGAACACAUCAAAGUCUUGCGAACUCCUAAUCCAACAGCACGACGACGUGAAGGCCGCGCUGCUCACCUUCUCCCGCCGCCGCCCCGACAUCCUCUUCUCGCUGCCCUCCCUGGAGGUCGCCGCGCUGGCAGAAGCCGAGCUGCUGCCCCGAGACCGGCCGGACCGCAAACUCCGUAACGCGGACCGCCGCCUCAAAGACACCUUUGUAACCGGACGCGCCGCAGGAGGAGCAGCAGCAGGAGCAGCAGCAGGGGGCGAGGGUGGUGCUGCAGGGGGGCAGCAUGCGUCGCUGCAGGACUUCAUGCGAGUAGUGUGGGACUGGGCGGCGGCGCCGCAGACGACUGUGGACUCGGCGGCGCCAGCCCUCACCCCUGUUCUCCGCCACCUAUUGUCCUGUCUGCGCUCGCUGGCUGCUGCCGAGCCCGACCCCGCGGCGCAGCAGCGGGCCGCCGCAAUGCCGCUGGCCACCCCUAGCGCCGCAGAGCUAGCGGAGCGGGCGGCGGGGCACCUGUCGGCGGAGGAGCGGCGGAAGGCACGAGACUCGGCGUAUGCGGAGCGAAGGCACCAGCUGCGGUUGCGCGCUGCCUCGGAGGGCGGUGCGGUGCUGGAGGCGGGUGACUGGUUUUGCUCCAACUGCGGGGGGACCAACUGGCGGGACCGCAAGCGCUGCUUCCGAUGCGCCGCCCCUGCUGACAUCAGCGCCAACUCCAUCGUCUCGCCGCAAGACAUCGCGCAACUGUACGGCGAUAAGCCAC